AGAGAGAGAGAGAGAAUAUGGCGGAUAGCGGAGCAGAAGAGAAGACGUUAGAGUUCACGCCGUCGUGGGUGGUGGCUCUAGUUUGCUUCAGUAUAGUUCUGAUUUCUCUUGCUGUCGAUAGAUUCCUGCUUUGCGCUGGCCAGCUUUUAAAGAAGUCCAGAUGGGAGCCGCUGUUCGGCGCCUUACGGAAGAUCAAAGAAGAGUUGAUGCUGCUGGGGUUCAUAUCGCUGCUCCUGGCGGUGUUCCAAACAAGAAUAGGGAAGAUUUGCAUAUCGGAGAGGCUUGCCAACGUGUGGCUUCCUUGCAAGAAGCUCGACUCGUCUUCCACCCCAGCCCGUUUCACUAAUUUCUUUCGGUCCAGUGAAGCACGAGGGCGCCGCCUCCUUGCUGAGGCUGCUGCUUCAACUGAUUUCUGCGGUGAAAAGGGGAAGGUGCCAUUGCUGACAGCUGAAGCACUCCAUCACCUGGACAUCUUCAUAUUUGUGCUAGCUACCUUCCACGUGAUUCUGUGUGUGUUCAAAAUAGUGCUUGGAUAUUGGAAGAUACAUCGAUGGGAAAAAUUGGCGCACCCUGAUGUCGGGAGCAAGCAUUAUCACGAACUGCAUGACAAAUUACUACAGAAGCAACCAGAAAACCGAGGUUGUCUCGCUUUAGGCAAUAAACCGAAAGCGUUUGGCUGGAUGUGUUCAUUUUUCAAGCAGUUUUAUCCUUCUGUGACUGAGUUCGAGUAUCGGGCGCUUCAUUUGAAUUUUAUGUCAUGCACUAAUUUCGAUGAAAUGCUUCAUACAAUAAUUUUUCCGUCUUCUUUACAGGCACGGCAUUUGGAUAAGCGGGGGGAAGCUUUUCGCAGCUUUGUACCUGGUGCCGUGAAAAAAGAUUUUGAGAAAAUUGUUGGAAUUAGUUGGUACUUGUGGAUAUUCGCAGUGAUCUUUUUGCUCGUGAAUGUGGCCGGAUGGAAUGCGUUCUUUUGGAUAUCUUUCAUCCCCUUGACACUUUUGCUUGUUGCCGGCACCAUACUGGAGCAUAUGAUAACACGACUCGCAGAAGAUGUUGCCAAAAAGCAUCCUGAAAAUGUAACCCGCCCUGAUUGCAAUGUUGUCGAAUUUCAAAGUCACUAUUUCUGGUUCCGUAACUCUCAAUUCGUCCUCAACUUGAUUCACAUCGUGCUAUUCGGGAACUCCUUGGAGCUUUCUUUCUUCUUCUUUAUAUUGUUCCAAUAUGAUUUUCACUCCUGCAUUAUGGGAAAGGUUGGUUUUGUCGUCCCAAGAAUAGCAAUAGGAGUGUUCGUGCAGUUCAUGUGCAUCUACAGAACAUUACCAUUAUACGCAAUUGUGAAAUCGCAGAUCCCUCCUCCGAAGGAGAAGCAAUCGGACAAACAGAACAAAAGUCAUCUUCUGAAGGAGAACCAAUCGGAAGAAUGUAAAGAAGAGCGUCUUGCUGAUCUUGAUAAAAUUAAGAUAGGGUUGAAGGAGAAUGAAAUGGACGAAGAGGAAGAAAUGUGGAUCGUGACCAAAAUUUCGAAGUGGAUCGAUAAAAGAAAGAACUCAAACAAGGUCGCUGCAAAAAAUGGAUCGACCCAAACGGAUUCGAGAGAGGGAUCGGUUGGAGUUGAGGCAACAGAAUCCGAUGACAGGAACUCAAGAGGAGACAUUGAAGCACAAGAAAGAUAA